AUGGACAAUCUUCCUACACCGAGCAGUGCUAUCUUGCGAGAUCGUGGUUUCAGUGCCAGCCAUGGGGGCAACCACUCGACGCCUGCUCGACAUGGCGUCGAAAGAGCAGGAUCGCGAAAUGGAGCCAAUGCUCGUAGGCCGGAGGAAGGCCGUUCUCCAUCAAACCUACCAAAAGCUUUCGAGAGCAUGCUGAAAACGACAACGGAGACUGGAGACAUUGGCAUGUUUUCCAUCAAGCCUUCUCGAGUACCUCCACCUGUCAACAGUCCUCGCAGGAUGGGACCUUACAAUGAAAACGGUCCUGUGAAACAACAGCAUCACCAUCAGCAGCAGUAUCAAUCCUUUCAGCCGUAUGGAGUGCCCGCUGUUGACGAUAGGAGACGUUUACCUUCUUAUGCUAGAGACACUACCUCGGAAUUGAUAUCUAUGUACGAGAGCCCAAGUCAGAAAUCCAGCAGAGUUUUCGACGACAACACAGAUUACAGGUCUUACUCGAUGACCCAUACAACUGCCUAUAGUUUAACGAACCAUCGGUCAUACACCAGCCUUCGUAGCCAGCCUGACGGCGGUGCCAUUUUACAACGACCAAGGUCCCCAUUUGCAUAUCCAACCCGAUUGAGACGGCCAGGAUUCCGUCCCUCAUCCCCAGCGUUGACAGAUGGAGGUGCAGUUGACUAUCGUCGACGCGCGGAGAUUGAUCGUCAGCCAUAUGGGCCGGGACACAGCACAUCCUCUCCGUCCUCUUUGUAUGCUCACAAGCGGAUGCCACCAAUGCUACGCCCAGAGGGCAACAGAUCUACGCCAUCUUUGCUGAGCCAACCGUCCCCUCCAAGACGCUGCUCAAGUCCUUUGGCUGUACAUAGCGGCAAUACUAGUCACGACUGGGCAAGACGGAUGGGUCCAACUUCUGUCAAUACGUCUCCUGCUCGAAGCACGUUUAGUCUGGCAUCGACAGCGAACCAUUUUGUUAACAACCUACCGCCCUCCAACACAACUACUCCUGGAAAGCUCCAAUCACAAACUCCCAUGUAUUAUGACUAUACCGAGGAAUUUGAUGAGACAUAUAGCCAAUCAGCAGGACGAGAGCCUCCUCCUCAGUUCCGGAUGGCCGAGACUAUCCCAGAAGAUCGCCCCAUGAAUGCCGGGAGACCAUCUUUGGUAGAUGCCAAUGCUCGAAGUGUCACGCCCAAUCUCAAGAAUGGCGUUCGCGUAUCGUCUUCUUCUGCAUCAAUACACCAAGUCCCUACGCAAGAUAAUUCAGAGCCCAACAUUCAUGACUCUUAUAAUGUCUGGGUAGCCCCUGAACCAGUCGUCGCAACGCCAGGAGUCGGACAUACCAGCUCGGAAAGUUCAUGGAAUGGUCAGAAAACUCCGGAAUUGAACGACGAGGCUCUUGAUUCAGGAAGGAGAGCGGACAUAUCUUUUGGGCUUGCUAGAAAAGAAUCAAUUGCCCGCCGCUGCCAGAUGGAACAAGUCUCUACCACAAAUCUGCAAUAUGGCCAAUCGCAAUCCACUGAUGGACUACAACCCGCUCGCCAGAAAAUCAAACUAGACCUUUCAAUUCGCCAAACUUCAAAUAAUCCCAAUUCACAAGAGCAAACUGGACAGGAGAUACUGACUACUCCACAGAGGUCCAAAAAAGUCAUCUAUGCGUCCUUUUCGCCUGCUUCCGCGAGCAAGAAGAUGAAAUGUGACCCCAAAAGGUCAUCCUCUUUAGACUUUGAUAUGGGCCGUAAAAGGGUACGAUCGAGUGGCUUUAACUCAAUCGACACCGGCAUUACGGACUUGGCAGACCUUUUGUCUUCCCUGGAUAGCGCAAAUGAAACUCAGCACUCAGAUGAUACCGAAAACCCUACACUUCCACCGGAACGGGUCAGGAUGAAUUCUCCAACAAUACCCGAAGAGAUUGUCAAGAAGACAGAGGUUUUAGAGCAUACGCCUCUGCUACCGCUUUCAACAUUCAAUUCACAUAGCAAACAGAGAGAAGGCGAUCCUUCGAUCAUCCAACCAUCACGAUAUCGACGUCAGAGACCACAACACAUAGAGCCAGCAACUAUACAGAAAGCCGGAGACUUCAAAGACUUGAGUUUCGAUUUUCCUAGGAAGUCUGUUUCUCGCUCGGGUUCACCAAUGCUCGCUCCUAAACCGAUUUCUCCUGCAAGACAGCUAAAGUUGAAAAAUAGUGUCCCGCAGUUGAUGAAGGCUCUUCCUCCGCUUCCACCACAUCUGUUAAGGCUAUGUGAUUCGCCGUCCAAUGACACCGCCUUGGAUGAAAACACUCCACCUCAAGACAUCGUCGUCGCAAAUUUCCCGUCAACAAGUAGAAUCAUCCAACCUCCACCAAAGGUUUUCCAGCCCAACGGGACACAAGGCACUGGGGUUUCCGAAACCUUGGUCGAAAUACCCGAGAAUAAUGAAGUAUCUCUCACGACAAACUCUUUAGAUCGGAAGACUGUGAAUGAUGAAACGGCUCCGAUUGCAAGUCCUCCUAAGCUGAAACUUAAAUUGCGGUCUUCUGCGGCAGCAACGAAAGUGUCGCCGCACGAUUCUCGUCCAUGGAAUUCAGAAGAAAAUUAUCCAUGGUCAGAACAAAACCCGAACAUAAGGCUACCUUCAAUGAUUACGAAAGACAAACCUAGUGAUUCAAAGCCGGCAAGGUUCAAGCUGAAGUCUUCGAGGGCUUCAAAUUCGCUAUCGGACACAGUCAAGAUUACUCGUGAUAUACCAGAUUCGAAGACAGCCGCUGGUUUACAUUUGCCACAUGCUAAAGAUUUGUUCACGGCUCCUUUAGCUGUGGAUAAUCUUUUCCAUCAAUUAGGUAAACAUCUGCAUUCAAGAAGAUCCAGUGCAACAAGUAGUCAACCCGAGACAGAAAGUAGUCAGGCCGCUGGUUCCUCUGCCCAUACUGUUCAGCGCAGUACCGGGCAGGCAUCGCGACUUGCUGAUGAGCCUUUGACUCCAGUAAUAUCUCAAAGUGGUUGUGCGGAGGACAGCUCUGAUGAACACGCCCAUCAUUCUUUGCGCAAAAAGUUCACUAAUCUAAAGGCUCGGCUUACGGCUCCGUAUCUACUGCGAGGUGGUUCCCAUUCGUAUGAUGAUGUCACUCUACGAGCGAUGAGAACUGGAAACAGCACCAUUCCGCCAGCAAUUCGGUCGGUUCCCAAUCUUCAUGCGAGUAUUGGACUGAGUGUCGAGGUUGAGGAUACAACCCUUCGCACUGAGCGUGUUAAACGAGUUCGGUUGAAAGACAAGCUUUCAAAAUGGUUAAAGGGCGCAAAGAUGGCAAUUUCGGCUCGUGUUAGGUCUCUGAGCUCAUCUGGCUGA